UUCAACAGGUCUCGUGGUGGUGGCCUUGGCUCCCGCAAACAGAAAGAGCUGCCAACAGAACCCCCUUUCACAGCAUAUGUGGGAAAUCUACCCUUCAACACUGUUCAAGGAGACAUAGAUGCUAUCUUCAAGGAUCUCAGUGUAAGAAGUGUACGACUAGUCAGAGACAAGGAAACAGACAAAUUUAAAGGAUUUUGUUACGUAGAGUUUGAUGAGGUGGAAUCACUCAAGGAAGCUCUUACGUAUGAUGGUGCACUUUUGGGUGACCGAUCACUCCGAGUGGACAUAGCAGAAGGCAGAAAACAGGACAAAGGUGGUUUUGGCUUCAGAAAAGGUGGUGGGCCUGAUGACAGAGGAAUGGGAGGAGGUUCCCGAGAAUCCAGAGGAGGUGGAUGGGAUUCCAGAGAUGACUUCAAUUCUGGAUUCAAAGAUGAUGACUUCUUGGGAGGUCGGGGUAGAGGAACUCGUCCUGGAGACCGGCGACCACCUGGUGCCUCAAUGGGAACUGGUGGCACCGGUCGCUUCAGAGAUGGGCCUCCCCUUCGUGGUUCUUCCAUGGACUUCAGAGAGCCAACAGAAGAGGAAAGAGCACAGCGACCCCGACUUCAGCUCAAACCUCGAACAGUUGCUACUCCCCUCAAUCAAGUAGCCAACCCCAACUCUGCUAUCUUUGGUGGAGCCAAGCCCCGAGAGGAAGUAGUAAAAGAGCACGACUGAGCUUGGGGUUGAGAGGGAAUGGGGAGGCGGGAGAAAAAGCAAGACAGUACAGAGUGACUAGCUCUGCUGGAAUGUCAACCCUGCAGUUUACCAUUCCUGCCAUCUGGCAUUUGUCCUCUUUGAAACCGAAAACACAGAGCUUGUGAAUGCAUGUCAGCUGUUAACAAGUGGUUUUUAGUACGUUCUUGGCUUUGCUGUAUCUAGUGCCUGCUUUGUGCUGAGUUUCCCUCUUCUGUUUCCUUCUAAGCAGCACAAUUGCCAGUAGAUAAGGCAGUGUAGCUGCUUCCACCAGUGUGGAGGUCUCUGGACAAAGGUGCUGCUUCACUUUCUCCUUUCUGGGUUUCUUUUACUUUAGAAGCACAGGUUAGACUUAGUUAUUACCCUGUAUUGUUUCCUUUUACUUCCUCAGUGCUCCUCUUCUGGCCUGCAUGUCUUGUUCUGUAUUGCUGUGGCUCUGAAGAGGAAAGCUGGAGAGUCCAGACAAGUUGAACAGUUAGAGUAAUUUACAGCUCUAACCAUGUAGUGAGAUACCAUUUAUGACAAUUGAUGACAGAAUUACUGUAUACAGCAGAGCCUUUUGUAAACCUAAGGGAGAUAACUGCCCUUUCACAGAGGUCACUGUGAACUUCCAACUUAAUAGAUACAAAUAAAAUUAGCUGAGAAGAAGCCUGGUGAAUAGGUGGAGUCUCUAUGGAUAAAGCAUCUGCCAGUAGACUUUUGCUGCUGGCUGGCUAUUGACUUAAAUGGUAUGAUACUACACUUCUGAGCUCAAGGUUAGUGCUGCAAAAAUGUGCCUAUUUGAGCACACUGCUCGCAGGCUCUUUCUGCUUACAUUUCUUUGGGUUUUACAUGUUUGGUAAAUUUUUAAAUGAAGUUUCUACAAAUAAAAUUGACUUUUUUAUUUUUGUUUAAGGAGUGUAUACUUUGCCAUGCAGUAUGUAAUUGCUAUUAGCCCCUGUAUUUCUUUAACCAGUGAUGUACAGUUUUAAGACCUCUGCUUUCAGAAUACCUUGAAAAUGGGCAGACAAGAAUUCAUUAUGCUAUAGAUUCUGCUCAUAUAGAAGUUUGGGUAAAAAGCAUCUCUAGUUGCCACAUCUGUCUGAACUUAAUGUUUCUUGCCAGUGUUCCUGGGAGUGUGUGUGUGUGUGUAUGGGAGGGAGGGGAAGGGGAGGCUGGAGCACAGGGAGAGAGUAUUCAUGUUUAAAAACAAAACCUGGAUCUAUAAUACUGUAGAUAGGUCUGAUGCAUGAGAAGAACUCUUGGGCCCCUAAUGCUAGUGCUGACAGCCUUCAGAUAAAACAGCCAACACACCAGAGUACUUGCAAGAAGAGUUUGGAAGCAUGGCUGCUUCGCUGCGAGCCUCACUGCUAGUAGUGAAUUUCUUCCUUAAAGUUACCUUUGUCACAUCAGAGUCCCAGCAAUUUACAGAACUACUCUUUCCUUCUUUUUGCCUGUCACUUAAUCUGCUUCUGAGAUAAGAACCAUUUGUCUAACACUAAUACUUAAUUUAAGACAGACAUGCAUUUGUGUGGUUGUAUUCCAAACCAAUGAUUUGACCUAGUUACAUCUUCAAUGUGGAAAAGAUUUUAAGAACAAAAUUCCCAUACGAAAACUCACCUCUAGUCAAGACAGUUGACUUUUAAAUGUUAAAAAAAAAAAAAGGAAAAAGGAAAAAAUUCCAAACACUUAACACAUUCUGCUUCAUAACAAAAUAAAUUUAUGGAUAUGGUAUUUUGUGAAUGAUCUUUUAAAUAAAAGAAAACAUUAAGUAAUAUUUAACAUUGGUCUUUAUUUGAGUCUGCUAUAGCUUGUUUUGUCUCCAGUUCUCCAACACGGAGUUAAUCUGGAAAUUUGGCUCCCUAAAUCUUACAGGGCAACUGUACCAGCCCCACUACUCAUACACAUAAGUGGGGAAGGGAAGAGAGAGGGAGGAGUUUAAUUUAGACAAGAGUUGGGAACGUGCAGGUGGCCGAGCUUGGGCAAAUCGGGAGGCAAGCCCAAGUUCUUUGUCCUGUGGCUUCUGUAUAACUUUGGUUAUAUUGUGAAGGCAAUUGCUAAGCAGAGUUCAGAAGUCUUAUGGUUUGCAGUUUGUAUAGCUCGUGGUUCCAUUUGUUUUCCAGAAGCUGGGUUCUGUUAACCUCUGAGCAAAAUCCCUUGCCUGGUAAAGGACAAAACUCUGUGACCUCCCAGUCUGAGCAGUGAACAAUUUAAUGUAGUGUCCUGAUGUGCUGUGACAGAAAGUGAAAAGAUUGGUUUGCUGCUACUUUUCCCAGUUUCUCCCAAGCUUUUGACAAAGUCUUUUCCCACUAGACGUAACUGUUAAUGAGUCUGUUGCCUUUUGCCUUUGGAGUAAUGCAUGCUGCAGGGUAAGUUAAAAGAUAUUUUUAUUGAGGAAACAAGCUGUGAUCUUCCUGCUGGACUUAAUGCUUUCCAUUGCAUGAAAGGAUGGAAAGUGUGCCUGCCUUCCAGCUAUUCAGUCCAACCUCUGUCUUUGGGCUUGCUCUUACGACUGCUUGAGCAAAGAAUCCAAAUCCUGCUCUGGAGCAUCAUGCUGAGACAUCUUGUGUACUAGCACCUGACUGUCCUAUAUGAAUAGUUACCUGAGGUGUAAGGGUAGGACUAGCUCGCUGGAGGUAAUGGUCCUUCAACUGCCCCUGCAAGACUUGCUCAUAGCUGGUCUUUUAAAGCUCACAAUGGUGGAAGCAGCAUUUUCAUUGUUCUGCCUGGAGAAAAGCAGCACUGGUUUGUGAGAUAGUAGAGAGGUAGAAUAUGGCUCAUCUUGUUCCAGUAAAUAGUUUUCCGUACCCAUUAAUCCUUGUUUGGUCAAUGAUUUCCUAGUAGUGAAAAGGGCUUAAUGCUGAUACUGUUUAAUAUCUGUUUUGAACAGUGUUCCUUGGAUGCAAGUAUUAACGAGUUGCCUGGUUUCUUUGGAGUAUCCUGCCUUAUGCUGCUUCUAUGGUUUAGGGUCAGACUUCUCCAUUCCUUUUUCUCUUCCCUCUUCAAGAACUUGUUUAAUUGAUCACCAUUUGCAAACUAAAUUAUUCCAGUACAGAAAUAUAUCAAACUAGCUCAUGUCAACAGCUGACAAAACUGUUUUCUUAUGAACGUGGCAUUUAGGUUUUAUAGGAAGAAGCAAGAUUUGCCCCCUCCUACCAGCAAAACACAGCUAAUGCUUAGGCUGUGACAUAAUUUACCUGCAGCUUCAAGGUAAACGUAGCAUGGCAAAGCCUAGACCAAGAAAGUUACCAGCAGUGGCAACAAACAGAUAAUUCACUUUCUGGCUAUUCAUAUUCUCACAGUUAAUUUUGGUGGCUGUGCAGACCUUUCUUGAAGGUUGAACUUAAAAGCCAGGAAUGUGGUAGACUUGUUUUGGAACUGAAAUUGAAUUAAGGCAUAGCGCUGCUUUGCUACCGUAGAACGUACUUCAUCCUCUUUCUCCAAUUGGGUUGCAGUUGGUGAAGGUGGCUAGUAUGGCAUCUCUGGAAGAGCCGAAGGAGAAACUGCAGGAGUAAGUAGCGUCUACCAUGCUGCUGAACUGCAUUCUCCACCACAGAAAAAUAAACACUGGGCCUCCAAACCCAGGAGUGGUCCUGGGAGAGCUAAUCACAGCAGUCUGGUACUGGCCCUGCGUGUGGCUUGCUGGCUCAUCAAGCUGUGAGGUCUGGCCCAGCAUCCAAGUGGGCUCUUUAUGCUUGUGGUCAUGAAUGCUGUUCUGAUGGCUGAAGAAACAGGUGGAAGGGUUCAAACGUUCAGUGAUGGACCGGUGAUUGAAUCAAGUUAAAGUUAAGCCCUCGAGGGUGACUUACUUGCCUUUCUAAAGUAGCAACAAGUUGUUAGGCUACUAGCAAGAUACACUGAAACACCGGGGCUACUAAUACGUUUCCAAUGUUGACCAUGUAUUUUAGAAGUUCUGCUAGCCAUACUGGAGCUGGUUGUGAUAGAGUGAUCUUGACCAAGACUCACUGUCCCAGUGCAAUUUUGGAUGAUGUUGGUAUUUUUUGAAUCUUUGUAUUAAUAUAAUUAUAGUUUCAAUCCUGACUUUAGCACAGAGUAUAGUAGGAGCGUAUCUGCUACUUGUAGUAGUAGCAGCUGCUGCUUUGUCUUCAGAAAAGAUAAUAAAAUCUUGCGUGCUUUAGAACAAAUCGUAUGAUAUUGCAACUCUACCUUUUUGUACAAAAGAUGUAAUAAUAAAGCCGGCAGAAUUCUGCAAUGCGUUAGUGACCCCUUCAUUACAGCAGUCAAGUGCAGUAACUCUCAGAGCGGCCCUUGUCCCGCUGACUGCUUUGAACAAAGCGAUUUGGAAUAACCUUUUUCCCAGGAAUCUCCUCAGACAAACGCGGCGCGUGUCAAGUUUGCUCCAAGCAGUGCAGUUUAAAGCCAGACAGAGGUCACUGCUUUUCUAAACUGACCUCAUUCCUUCUCACUGUGUGGAAAUAACUCUCAUGAUUAUUCAAACUGGCUUUCAGCAAGAACCCGGUCAAUGAGCAGUUACCUGCGGGCUGCUUUACAUUUGUGUUGAAGUUUGUGUCUUAACGUUCUGGUGGUAUUUUACUAUAUUUUACUACCACAGGAGAGCAAAGGCUCUGAAGGAGUGAGGGUGUUAACAUAUAUCCUGACAUACUCUGGUGCAGGAUCAGUUACUUCUGUGGUUCUCAAGGGCAUUUCUUUGGACUUGAUUCUGGAGUUGCAAUUCCUGGGUGUUUCUUAUCUUAAAUUUUCAGAAAGGGAAGUUGCUGUGGCUGAGGAGGAAUUUGAUUUCCAGCUGAGAUGGGGAUUUUCUAAGCUGGUAGCUGAAUCCUUCCUCUUAAAUGCCACUUAACCCAUUACAGGGUUUUAAAGAAUCAAGUAUAUGUAAAGUUGCAGCGGUUUGCUAUAGCAUGGACCAUCUUUUACUAGGCGCCUAAAUUUUACCUACGAAUUCUACAAUUCUGCCAUUUGUGAUACCACUCACUAUAGUGAUAUUAAGCCAAACUUACUAGAGGAAUUUAAAAUGAUGUAAUCAUUCUUUGACUCUGCUUUCUGAAAUGAUUUAAUCUUUUAAUGCCAGACACUUGACUCUGAAGCCUGAUGCACAUUAGUAAUAGCAAUACCCUGCUGUGACUUUGCAUGCUCUGGACUAACUGGAGAAACGCACUACCAAAGCUAUACCUGCAUGGCUUGGACCUUUCCUGCUCACAGAGGUUUGCGAGGGAGUAUUGCUUUUUCCUGCUCGUAUCUAGGGGAGCCUAGAGGGGCAUAAGAAAUGGGAGGGCAGGUUCGGGUUUCCCUGUAUGAUGUCACGGUAUGCGUACGGUGUCACGGUGGUUAGGUCUGAGAUCACGUUCCUCCUCUUAACUGUAGCUGUUUGGGGGACUAGCUCUAAAGCAUUUUAUGGUUUCCUUUUAUAUAGCUGAAAUGACUCUGUUACAUAACCUUGCUUGCUCAACACCAAGUUAAUUUUAGCAUUGGCUUUCCUCCUUUCUGUCCCCUUCGGAGCAAAGUGUGUCCAAAGGCUUUAAGGAGCUGCAGCACUGUUACAGAAACAAUCUGCUUGCCUGUAAACUCACAAGUUGUCGUGUAAAGCUGUAGAGUAUCCCAGGGUUGCUGUUUGGGAUAUGUGAGCUCUGGGAACGCUGCCUGUACUUGUGCCAACUUCUGUCCGCCUAGGUUUCAGCCAGAUUAGCGCGCAGCACGUAGGGAUUUGCUUCCUACUGUGAGGCUGUUUUGUUCAUGCCACCGUGCUCCCAAGAUCUGCCUCUUUAUUUGAAAUAAACCAAAAAUCACUAAGUACCUCUAUAAACCCCUGCAAAUUCUGCACUGUAAUGAAUCUGUAUAAUUUGUACUGCUGUAUAAAAAUCAAAUAAAAGCAUUCAAGCCUUCUA